AUGUCCAGAUUGCAUUCAUUGGAAGUGCAAAGGCCACCGUUUGAUGCUAAGAAUCCAUUCUUGGCUCAGAUCAAAGUUAAUAGGGAAUUACAUAAAGGUGGAGAUAGAUCAUGUCUUCAUGUUGAGUUAGAUAUAUCAGAUUCAAAGAUGAGGUAUGAAGCUGGUGAUCAUGUGGCAGUGUACCCUACAAAUGAUGUAAACCUAGUCAAUAGGCUGGGAGAAUUAACUGGUGCCAAUUUAGAUGAUGUGUUUUCCUUGGUCAAUACAGAUCAAGAGAGUUCUAAAAAACAUCCAUUCCCUUGUCCUACUUCAUACCGUACAGCACUUUCACACUACAUAGAGAUAACGGCUCUACCUCGAACACACAUUCUCAGAGAACUUGUGGAAUAUUGUACAGAUGAAGAGGACAAGAAAAAACUACUCCUUAUGGCGACUAACUCUCAAGAGGGUAAAGCAUUAUACCAGUCAUUUGUAGCAGAUGCAUGCAGACAUAUUGUGCAUAUUUUGGAGGAUAUUAAAUCAUGUAGACCACCGCUUGACCACAUUUGUGAAUUGUUACCUCGACUACAACCAAGAUAUUAUUCUAUCUCCUCAAGCCCAAAACUGCACCCAGAGACAGUGCACAUAACAGCUGUAGUGGUGCAAUAUAAAACGGCAACGGGUCGGGUCAAUAAGGGUGUGGCCACCACUUGGUUGGCAGAACACAAGCCCCUGUCUGGAGAACCAUUGCCAAGAGUUCCAGUAUUCAUCAGAAAGUCUCAAUUCCGACUACCGCUACAAACACAGACACCAAUUUUGAUGGUCGGUCCUGGUACUGGUUUGGCACCAUUCCGUGGAUUCCUUCAAGAACGCGCCAUCGCCCGUCAAAAUGGCAAAGAAGUUGGAAACACCAUACUUUACUUCGGUUGUCGGAAUCGUGACCAAGACUACAUCUAUAGAGAGGAAUUGGAAGAGUAUGAGAAAAAUGGGGACGUGACCCUUCACGUAGCGUUCUCUCGGGAUCAAGACAAGAAAGUUUACGUAACACAUUUGUUGGAGAACAAUUUAGAUCAAAUUUGGGACGUCAUCGGGAAACGAAAUGGACACUUCUAUAUUUGCGGUGACGCAAAGAACAUGGCAGUGGACGUGCGCAAUAUCGUGACGAAGGCCAUCAUCGAAAAGGGAGGCCGCUCGGAAAGUGAGGCCACGCAGUUCCUCAAGAAACUCGAGUCCAUGAAGAAAUAUUCCGCCGACGUGUGGAGUUAA